AUGGAGAUCGACCAGUGUCUGCUGGAGUCUCUCCCGUUUGGCCAGCGCCAUCGGCUGGUCAGGAGAAUGCGCUGCGACCAAAUAAGGGCGUACUACGAGCGGGAGAAGACCCUGCAGAAACCGGGAGGCGGAGGCGGAGUCAAGGUCAAAGCCCCGCCCACCAGCCACAGGAAGAGGCACCGCAUUCGCUUCAGCCUCGGUGAUGUCAUACAGGACGCCAUCAUACGGCACGAUGACAAAGAAGUGCUGUGUCUGCUGAAGGAGGGAGCUGACCCCAACACUCCUAUCUCCUCUGGAGGUUCUCUUCUACACCUGUGUGCUCGCCAUGACAACGUGUUUGCUGCAGAGGUUUUGAUUGAGCGAGGGCUUAACGUCAACCUGCAGGAUGAGGACCACUGGACAGCCCUGCACGUGGCAUGUGUGUGUGACCACGCCGAUAUGGUGCUGCUGCUAUUGCUGGCUGGGGUGAAUGUUCUACUGCAGGAUGUGAACGGGAACAUUCCACUGGACUACACCACCGAGGGAACUGAGACCAGCUACAUCAUCCGAAAACACCUGGAGGAAAACGGUGUAGAUGUGCCGUCCAUGCACACCAUGCGUACCCAGAGGCCCAGCACCAUGUUGUCUGAUGUUAGACAGCUGGUCUCCAGCAGGGGCAGUCUCAACCUACGCAACGAUGACGGGGUCACUCUGCUCCACAUAGCGUGUGCUAGCGGCUACAGAGAGGUGGUUUCUGUGCUGCUGGAGCACGGGGUGGACCCUCAGCCCUCCGACAACAGCUAUUGGACACCUCUCCACCUGGCUGCCAAAUAUGGACAGACAAGCAUCGUUAGCCAGCUGCUGAAGCACAGAGCAGAUCCAACUCUCCUAAACUGCCACCAAAACAAGCCCUCAGGCAUAGCAGCAUCCGACCCCAUCAUGAACAUGCUGCUGAGAGCAGAGGAAUGCUGGGUAGAGAGACUGAAGGACCCCUCUGUCCCACCUGCCCCUACAGACAAACGCUACGAUGGAGGCGAACACGACCACACCAUCCCCGUCAAGAACCUGACCCCCCUGUCCAUGCCCCUCUCUAAGAGGGACAGUCUGUUGGAGAAGUGUGCCAUGUUCAGGGAGUUGGGAGGGGGGCUGAGCAGAUAUCCUUCACAGGACAACGGUCUAGAUGGACCCACAGGACCCAGCAAACUGGAGCAGGUGAAGUUGAUGCCUCCGGCGCCUAAUGAUGACCUGGCGUCUCUCAGUGAGCUCACAGACAGCAGCCUGCUCUACGAGAUGCAGAAACGCUUUGGCAACGACCAGAUAUAUAUUUGUGCACCAUAG